UCUGUGCUCUCUGGGUUUUGGGGUCUGUGCUCUCUGUGCUCUCUGUGCCCUCUGUGCUCCGCGGCCGCGUUAACCCCUGGCUGCCCAGGCCAUGCUGCACUACCGCUCCCGCCUGCUGCGCGCGCUGCACACGGCCGCCUUCGCGGGGCUGCUGCUCAGCGGCUUCGCCGAGCAGAGCCAGACCCUGGAGCUGGAGCUGAUGGGGCGCUACCGGGAGGACCCCUACACGCCCACCGUGGGGGCGCUGGUGCAGAUCCGCAGCCGGCGCGUGCAGCUCUACGGGGCGCGGCUGCGCGUGCACGCGCACUUCAGCGGCCUCAGGUACCCGCACCUGCCCCAGGUGUGCCCAGGUGUGCUGACCCCCGAAUGUACCCCCAAACCUGCCCCACCCCCACGUCAGCGGCCGCAGGUACAGGGAGGGGCCUCAGGUACCCCACACCUGUCCCUGUGUCACACCUGUGUCAGACACCUGUGUUACACCUGUGUCACACCU